AAGAUAAAGUUUAAAAGAUAUAUAUGUUGCUUAAAACUGAUAAACUUCACGAGAUGUAUCGAAGCAAUCAUUUUUUCUGUGUAAUCGGUAGAAAUCGUUAGUAUAAUGCGGCGUAUAACUAAGAAAUUGUUAACAUUUUCUAUCGGCAUAUUGUUUGUUGUCAUUUAUUGCGAAUUUCUUAUUUAUUAUGUUGUUACAGCACAGUGUUCUUGGCCAAAAUUAUUUACAUCAGGAAGUCCUGAUGAAUUAAAGGCUUUAGUCAUAGCGGACACGCACUUAUUGGGCCCAUACAGGGGCCAUUGGCUUGAUAAAUGGAGACGAGAAUGGCAGAUGCAUCAAGCUUUUCAGUCUAUAAUGACUAUACAUCAACCAGAUGCAGUAUUUAUAUUAGGCGAUCUUUUUGAUGAAGGUGAAUGGACCAAUGAGAAACAAUUUCAAGACUAUGUGAAAAGGUUCCACAAAUUAUUCCCAGUUGAUGAUGGUGUAACCAUGCAGGUUAUAGUAGGAAACCAUGAUAUAGGAUUUCAUCAUAACAUUCGGCUUGGUUCUGCAGAACGAUUUUUCAAGGCACUCAAUACGUCUUCAGUAAAACUUGUUACAAUAAAGGGCAGUCAUUUCAUCAUCGUAAAUUCAAUGGCAAUGGAAGGCGACUCAUGUCAUUUAUGCAGGGAAGCUAGGUUUUCUUUAGACAAAAUAGCAAAGUCACUGGGAUGCUCAAAAAGUCCAAGUGAGUGCACUGAAAUUCCAAAUUUCACCUAUAGUCAACCAAUACUUAUGCAACACUUCCCUUUAUUUAGAACAUCAGACGCACAAUGUAAAGAACCAGAUGCUCCACCUUUGCCGUUAAGACAUAAAAGAUUCAGGAAUAAAAUAGAUGCCUUAUCACGGGAGGCAACAGAGUACCUUACAAGAAAGUUCAAGCCGCGAGCGGUGUUCGGCGGGCACACCCACCAUGGGUGUUUAGUGCAUCAUAAGGACGAUAGAAAAGACAUCGAUUUUUAUGAAUAUUCUGUCCCAUCUUUUUCAUGGAGGAACAGACCCGACCCUAAAUAUAUGCUGGUCACUAUAUCCCCGCAUUCCUACGCAGUAAACAAAUGUGGUUUACCAAAAGAAACAACCAUUGCGGUGACUGCGGUGAUUCUCGUCUUUGCAGUGUCUUAUUACACAUUCAAGAUGAGAUUGAUUGGACGGAGUUAAAAAGGCGACUGAAUAAGGUGGGACCACUAUAGUUAUUUAUUAUUAUAAUACUUGUAAUUAAUUUAGGUAUGAAAUGAAAUUAAUUUGUACGUCAUUCAAAUCUCAUUUUAUGGUUAUAUUUUAUAUUUGACAAUAAAUAUUUUGACAAGAUCGA